AUGAUUGAUUCAACUUCAUCUUACAAAGGAAGCAACGAAGGAGCCCAAGAUACCAGCGUAAGGCAACUGGAAAAUUUAAAACAUUCCCUUGGUAAAACCCUUGAAAUAAUGAAGUCACAAUCUGCUCAAUAUGAGGAUAUAAACGGAAAGCAGAAAGCUCAUUCCAUUUUAAAUUCAAAAGCAAAAGAAGACGGCAAGCUGUUAGCGCGCAUUGGACAAAACGUGUACAGUGAAACGACGGGACCGGAUGGCAAAGCGACCACCAAAGUUAGAACGGAUGUCGAUAUACCCUCCAAGGGAAUCCACAAAAGUGUCGUUCAGCAGCUCCCAGACGAUGAGCAAGAUCGCACCGGCAAUGCACAAAGGCGUUCUCCCGUUUCAAAUCGAAUCUCGACAGACUUUCAAAAUGCUGUUAGUAAACUGGACAUUUCUAACGGCGUUCAGUACUCCCCUCUAGAUAUGGCAGAAUAUAUUUUUUGGACUGGCGAUGAAAAAGGAGUCAGCUUGUCUAUAGAAGAGUUUUUACAGGACGGUUUGAUGAGCCGCGAGGAAGCAAUUUCUUUUCUGCAGGAAAUAAAGUACAAUCUGGAAUAUCUGAAAAGCCACUAUAAUCAACUCGGUUCAAGCUCCAGGGACCAUUCCAAGAACAGUGACGGAGAGGAAAAACAAAACAACGAGUUGGAGAGAAGCUCUGCUUUGUACGACAAACCGGAACUGCAGACCAGCUUCGACAUAAACCAGCUGCGACAGGAAGCGGCCAAAAAGAGAACAUCUGAACCUGUGAUGACUAAGACAGCUCCUAUCAAGCUGACUAGACAGGAACCUGACCAAGACAAAACAACAGAAGAAGAAGCAAUGGAGCGUUUAAGAAUGGCAGAUUUUCUGUACACUCAAUAUUCACUGGAAGAAGUUAUUUAUCAGCUGUCCAAGAUUAUGUUUGUCCAAGGUUUAACCAACGGCAAUCUACAAAGUCAACGAUCUUUGCAAAAGUUUACAAACUUUCUAGAACAAGAAGCUGAAAAGGGUCAUAUUUCGAGAAAUUUGGAAAAAAAAGUGUUGGAUAUUUUGAUCGCAUCUUUGUCCGACACCCUCAUCGAGCAACCAGAAAUACUGAAUGCGAGCCAACAAGGCAAUGAUGCAGCCAUUCAUCAAAAUUUUAUCUAUAAAUUACUCGGGAUUAACCCAGAUCAGGAGUCAUUAAAAAAUGCAAAAAUUGGCAACCACGCUUCCCUUGGCAUUCCUUAUAAGAACCAGUAAACGGUUCAUAGUGUUGGAGUAAACGUGAAUCUAUAUCAAUAUAUGUUUAUAUACGUAAUAGUUUUCUUAAUGUUGUUUUCCAGAAAUUUAUCGAGGAUGAUCCAAAAAUGUUCCUUUUAACACGAAUAGUUCAUUAAUUUAUUAAAAGUUUAAAAAGCCCUAAAAGGCCCAGAUAGCACACUGACGUCCACUGGAUAUUCUUAGAACGUCAACCUUGGACAUAGAGGACGUCCUAUAGUAGUCUGUUUUGGUCCAUUAAAGACCGUCCUAGGAACAAACGUGACCAUAAUUUUGCUGCAAGGAAUAAAAAAUAAAACCUACAAUUUUAACACAACAAUUUUAUUCAUCCAAGUAUAAAAAAAAACAAAAAAUAUAUUGCAAUAAAAAUAAAAUAUAAAAACAAAAACAAUGUCCCAGAAUGACUGGACCAAACAAAACGGGUCGAUUCCUUGCAAAAAUCUAAGAAAGAAAUACUUCACUUUACAAGAAACAUAACCCCACUUUGUACAUUUGGGAUUUGUCCAAUUAUUUAGGCUUGUUGUAAAAUUUAGAUGUACUGCGAGCUUCCGGCGGGUAAAAUAAAGUUUUUAAGUACCUACAUGAAGAAAUUCCCUGGGAAUUAAAAACACCCCUUGUGGAAAUUUUUCCGUGAGAAAGUUUUAAUAAGAGUUUUAAAAAGACUCUUACUUUCUCCUUAAAAAGUCUGAAUAAGACCUAGCUAUUAAGUCGGAAAAAGUCUGAAUAAGUCUUAGUAAGUCAGACUAAUAGGACUUAAUAAGACUUUUAGCAGAGAAAUGGUAGGUACCUAUAGCGAUUAAAAUAAAU